GCAGGCACAGACACAGGCAACUGGUUCAAAGGGGAACUGAUUGUAAGUUACCGUCUAAAAUAAACCUGAAGUAUUUUAGCUUGAUGAUCUGUUAGACUGUAAAACAUCUGUACGUAUGUAGGACUGAAGCGCUAAGGAAGAAUUGAGAGAAGAACAGUAGAAAAAGAAUGAGAAAGAAGAGAUGGAAAGAGGAAGAAGAGCUGAUGAUUCUGGUUAAGGAUUUUUCCCAGCAGCCUUCCCAGCAAUCUCUUGGUAGGCAGGGAGCGAGAACAAGGGAGAGGAACUAAGAAAUAAGCCCGUUUUAAAGAAGACCGGAAGAGAAGAGAGACAAGACUCACAUUUCUUGCUUGUUCUCUGGUUGUGUGACCCUAUCCGUGCUCCUCUCCCUGCCACAGCCAGAGCUCUCUGUCAUGGGAAAGGCGAAGGCCAAUGCUGGGCUCCUGGCCGGGAGGCCUGACAACUCGGCAUUCAAACAUCAGAGACUGCCUGUCUGGUCCCCAAUGCUCACUGCUCACACCGUCCUGCCUUUCUUUUACUGUAUGGCCACUAUAUGUGUGAAACUGGGAGUGUGCCUACUUGUCACCGUGCAGAAUACACAUGAACUGAAGAGAGAUGUGUUCUUCUACUAUGGGCUGAUCAACUUCCACCAGAACAUACAUGGACUCCAGGGAUGAUGGACAGAUGGUCGGGAGAAAAUAAAAACCUGAAGCGCCUACUGUGAGCCCUUCAUAAAGGAAAAGAAUGGACUCCCUAUCGCCCCCUGCGGGGCCAUGGCCAACAGCAUGUUCAACGUGGUCCAUGUUCCUCUGUUCAGGAAGGGCAUCACCUGGUACACCAACAAGAACGUCAAGUUCAGCAACCAACCAGAUGAGAACAAGACCCUAACGUUAGCACAUGUGAUUGAAGGCACGGCCCGGCCUCUGUACUGGUAGAAGCCAGUGUAUGACCUGGACCCCUGGGACCACAACAACGGCUUCAUCAACGAGGACUUGAUAGUGUGGAUGAGGGAGGCUGCCUUCCCCAAUUUCAAGAAGCUCUAUGGAACCCGAGCUAGAGAACCCUUCACUGAAGGGCUGCCGACUGGGAACUACUGCAUCCAUAUCUCCUACAGUAGUUAUUAUUCAUCUGCUUAUUAAUGCUGUAUUCUACCAGAUUGAUCAUUUUGAGAUUUGAAUCAAUUGAAUUAAAAUGGUUUUCAAAUGGCA